AGAGGGCUGAGCGACAACUCUUCCUGCCGUUUGUAAGGCAGGGUUUGGGAGUAGAGAGCUCUGUGUGUUGCGCUGGAGCUGCUAGUGGGAGUUACCACCUCUUUCCUGCAUGGACUCUUGAAGUAGAAACUCUUUUGGUUAGGGUCACUGCACAGUGCUGAGAAGAACGUGGUGGACUGUGUGUGUGUUCAUCUAGUAUUGCAUCUCCUAAGAGUGGCUGCUUACAGAAACUACAGAAACUCUGCUCCUCUGCUCUACUGGAGUUAAAGGGUACUUGUGUAGAAUCUGAUCUGGACUUUAGAAACUUUCUCAAGAAUGUUCUAUGAGUAGAACUCGGACAUUGCUUUGUGAUGCCUCUCCGGAUCUGGACGUGACGUGGUCUGACAUCUGUGUGCACAUGUUUGCUCUUAUCUUUGACCAGCCACAGGACUGAGCCAGUCGAAGGCUAGAGGGCCAAGUCCAGACAGUGUGAAAGGCCAAGUUCAACGAAACCUAGCAGAGUGCAUCAUGAGCAGAGUCUGAUGAAUUCUUUUUUAAUGCAGUUGUGAAAACUCAAGAUAAAGCCAAUAUGGACGUGAAAAGGAAAGAGAUGGACCUUUUGAGCAACAGCAUUGCUGCUUAUGCUCAUAUAAAAGCUAACCCAGAGAGCUUUGGCCUGUACUUUGUGAUCGGCGUGUGCUUCGGCCUGGUGCUCACUUUAUGCCUGCUGGUCAUUCGGAUCUCAUGCAAACCUCGGACCAAGACGGCCCCCUCCACACCGGAGAAAAAACAGCUGAAGGACUUUAGCGAGGAUGAGGAGGAUGAAGAGAGCGAUGAGGAGGAGGAGGACGAGCAAGAUGCGGGGGAUGUGGAGGUUCCUAUCCCUCCCAUCACAACAGAGAUCACCAUGAGCAACCACCACAGCACAUCAGACGGGAACGUGAACGUGUUCACUUCAGCGGAGGAGCUGGAGCGAGCGCAGAGGCUGGAGGAGAGAGAGAGGAUCAUCAGGGAGAUCUGGAGGAAUGGACAGCCUGACAUACUGGGCACAGGGACCGGCACUAUCGGGAGGGUGCAUUAUUAUUAGCGUUCAGUAUUAUUGGAUAUCGUCUUAAGCCAUAAUCAGAUGGUUUGAGACAAAAGCACAAGACUAUGAAGGACUAUGGUAUAAAACCCCUUUCAGUAGGCACACUUUUUAUCUUAAAGCUUGGACCAAUGUAACUCCAGUGCCCUGGCCACAAGCCCAGCUGUGGUCUGCACACAAUUACGGCACAGGAGAGUAAUCUGGUGCUAUAUGUUACAUUGAGACUGCACAUAUGUCGGGGGAUUGUAGGGGAAAUGAUUAAAUGAUUGGAGUUGGGGUCAGUUGUAGAAAUUACUGAAAUAAUUGCUGUUUUUGCAGCAAUAUGAAAAAGCACAGAGCACACUCCUCCUGCCUCCUUCAGGCUUGAGGGUUGGGUUGACUGUACUGUACUGUUAAUGUUUGUUAUUUCUACAUGAUUCCAUUGACUGUGCUCAGUCAUUUGCACUUUCCUAUUAUUCCAUCUUUUCUGAAUUUGUACAUUUUUUUACAUUUUGAUAUAUUUUUUGUAAUGUUCAGAUUGUUUCUUUAGCUAUUCUCUUUGUGUCAAAGUGCUAUAUCACAGAACAGCCAUAUGAAGAAAUAUAGUAUGAUAGUAGUAUGACAGUAUAUGAUUCAUCUCUUGUGUUCCAGUCACUUCAUACCUCCAAGACAAGUUUGCAUUCACAUUACCAGACUAAAUUGACUGUAACACACGUCUGAUUUGUUUUGGAGGUUGUCUGGACAUGUCUGAAUACUCAUCUAAUUUGUGGUCAUGUGACAUGAAUAUGAAUGGUAUGGUCAGAUUGAAUUGUAUGCAUCUUUUUGCCUGUACACAUGCACUUAUAUCUGUCUGCAGCAGUGUUUUGCAAAAUUUGGACUCUCUGACAAAAUCUGGUGUUCUUUGUGUGUAUGUGCGUCACAUGCAGCAGUAUGAGCACAACAGAUUACGCUUGUGAUUCCUGUGUUUCUGUUUCAGAAUAACCUAAUAUUAGGUUUUCCUUUUAAGAAGAUCAGAUUUGAAUCACUUGUAUAUGUUUUCCUAGAUCAAACACAUAUCCCGUUUGCGGAAAUGUGACAUGAAUGCAACCAUCAGAUUAGAUUUAAUGCCUGGAUGCUUAAAGCUAUCGUCAUCAGCCAUCAUCAGUGUUGUGGCGAAUUCUGACUCCCUGCCAGAAUCCAACUCCCUUUCUUGUGCACAGUAUGGGCACAACAGAUUAUGCUUGUGAUUCCUGUUUAUUCUGUUUAGCAGUAACUGUCAAUAUUAAGAUUUCCUGUACAACAAACAACAGAAUUGUGAAUAAGGGAAGUAGGAUUCUGGUGUAGAAUCAGAAUUCUGCACAGCAACAGCAGUGAUAUUCGUACAUGCCAUGUCAGGGGCAGAUUCAUUUACAUUGCAGACAGAUACAGUUCACUUACGUUUAUGAAUGUUAAACAGUCACAAUAGCCAAAUCUGAUCUGAGCAAAAAAAAAUCUGAAUAAAUAAGUUAGGCUUGUAACAUGGUAAAUUAACAUAUCAUUUAAUGAUGAGUGAAACAUACUACAGAUAAAAGGCCACCUGAGACAAGCAGAACUUAAAACAACUACAUUACAGCCCUGAAGGAAUAUCAUUAAUAAGAUAUGGCUUGUCUGGAGAUAUAUAUGGGUCUAUGAAUUUUUAACAAAUUACAAAUGAUGAGAUGAGGCUAUAAAGGAUGGAUAUUUCCAAUAGGGGUAAUUUAAUUUAGAUGUGCAGAUAGAUAUUCAACUUAAAGCUGACAUAUUUCAUCAGUAGCUUCAUUACUAUCAUGCUGGAGUACAGAAAACAAAUAACAAAGACUGUCUUUGUUCAGUUACUUAUGGACCGUUCUGUGUGUAUCUGCUUUCUGUGAAAAAAAAAAAAAACAGUAGAAAAAAUGUGUUAGUUUGUAAGUAAGAAUAAGAGCUGAAAAAUGGAAUUUUGACUUUGACAAAUUGUUUUAAAAUGUUUUCUUUCAGGACUGUCUCACUGGAGUGCUACUGUAUCUUGUGUUCUGUUGGAACAAUACCCCACUUCACUCUCUAUCUGACUGUACUUUGACUGCUGCAAAGUAAAGUUUUUAUCUGUUUUUUCA